CACGGUGAUGACUUCAGUAAACGAACACCAGUCUGAUAUGUAUAUUGCUCGUUCCCUUCAGUGUCCUUAUAAAGGAGGUUCUUAGGAAUUUAUUCAAGCCAGGUUAGCACAUUCUUUCUGACAUAUGUUAACAGGUCCUGACAUUUUUAUAGAUAAGUAUAUGGAUAAUCAUUUGCUGAAAUUGGCUCAAAAUAUCCCUGGAGACUGGAAAGAACUGGCAAAAUUUCUUGGUAUUAGCGAUAGCAAAAUAAAGGAGAUUCGCUUGAAUAAUCUGACUGAUGUGGUGUGGCAAGCAUAUAUGAUGCUCAAACAUUGGUGGACAUCUCGUCAUCAAGCCGCGCAGUCCUGGCGCGAGGAACUUCGCAAAGCUCUGUGUGAAAUUGAUAGACAAGAUUUAGCUCAGGAUUUCACAGGUGAUGUUCUUCAAACCGAUACAUGACGUGUUGUGUACCUAUAAAAAACUUUUUAAGGUGAACUUAUUCUAAAUUAGAUUUCUUCAUGCACUUCACUUGGUCUUGGUUGAAACUGAAUGGCGGAUAUAUAUAUAUAUAUAUAUAGCUUAAGAUUUUGGUUUACGAAACACAAACAGUGCUCAAUACCAUAUAGAUAGAGCGUAAUAUAGUUUUUCGUUUUACCUCAAAAAACCACAACAGUCUGUUUCAUCC